UCAUGGUUAAUUAACUGUUGUGUACUAGCUGGGUGGCAUACAUAACCCAUAUUUUGAAGCUUUGGUAAAAAAAUGCUAUAUGCUAUUUUAGCCUUACAAAUAUGCUAAGCAAAGACUGGAUGGAGGUUUGUGCACGUGUGUGCCUAUCCCAGAUUUACAAUCGCCCAAACAACCACUGUCAUCUGUAGUCCACAAAAUAUUGUUACUAAAACUUCCUACUACUCACCUCGAUAGACAAACACAGUAAGAACGAUCACAAGAAAGCCAUUUUCAAAUGUACGGGACUAACACCAUCUCUGGCAAUCCACAUCAUACUAUGACAAUAGAUCUGCAAUGGGGGGGGACAAUGUUUUGAAUAUAGUUCCUCUUUCGCUUUCACUUUGUUCAACAUAAAGACCCAGUCCCAGUCUCGAUGUGAAAACAGGGCUUGAAGAAUUUGCAACGAUGAGUGAGCAGACCAUCUAUAUCCUAUUGACACUGGCAGCUUUUGCUUCAAGCAGCAGGAUUGCCUCUGAGAAAUCCUGCACGUGUGGAAGUGUCACUGAACUGUCAUGUGUGGCCUUAGCGGAACCCGGGGUGCCUUACCGGUCAAUCAGAUGGUACAAGGUUGACGAAGAAAAUAAUUUAAGGGGUCUUGUAAGGAAGCGUCUGGCUCCACAAAACAAGACAGUUGAGUAUUACACUGGUUUGAUCCGGCACGUGGAGUUUGUUUCAGAGAACUCAUCAAACAUCAUCAUGUCCAAUGUGACGAAAAUGGACAGUGGGAGAUAUAUCUGCUUCCUGGCUGCACCCCUGGGACACCGAAAUCAAGAGGGAGAGGUCUUUCUUAGGGUCGAUGGUUGCCAAGUUAAAGAACUGGAUUAUCAUUCUAAAGAACUUUUAGAGCUGGUCGUGGCCAUUAUUCUGAUUUUAGUAUCUCUUCUCAUAUUCACAAUAAGCUAUGUUUUCUUAAGGAACGUGUUGAAGAGCAGCAGGAAGAAACUAAUAAAAGAACAUCUUUGGAAAAUGUCUCACCCACAAGGAAACAUGAUUUAUGCUAAUGGUUUAAAAACUCUGGAAUCAGUUUAUGUAUGAGACUCACUGUGAAGAUGAAGUGCAAUUACUUUAAUUUGUUUUGUUUUUGCAAGACAAUUAGUCUUCUUGUUAUCCUCCUGAGAACCAACCCAUAGACUUGUGUCCUCUGUAGUGGAAUUUUCUUUUAAGGAAAUCACCAAAAAAGAGAAAUUGCAUGACACUUUUUUUUCUUGGUUCCCAGGAGGAUAUAUUUUGUUAUGAUAUUAACAAUAAUAUUAACAUUUUGAUAUUAUUAUGUGGCAGGCUACAUACAAAUCUACUACCUCAUACGCAACUCUUCAGAGAGCAAUGCCCGUUCUAACUGGCACUUCGACUAGUGCGUAACUUGCAAUUACAGCAGUUACAUUUCUGCACUUCUUUUUUCUUUCAUUUUGUUAUAUUUCUUAUGUAAAGUGGUAUUUAUUGUUACACCAGGUACUAUUGCUCGUAGCUUGACUAUUCUCUCCCUUGUACGUCGCUUUGGAGAAAAGCGUCUGCUAAAUGACUGUCUGCGCACAAAAAGAAUGACCUGAUGGAAAAUGAGUUUGACUUUAAAUAAAUAAACAAACAUAUUUGCUGUU